AUGGAUUCCGGAUCCAGUCGACCCGAUCAAUUGCCCGUCGACGACGAAGAAGAUGUCGAUGUAGUAGAUCCAGAUGCUUUUGAAGAUGUUCUCGACUUAUAUGGUCCUUCGGGAACCGUCCACUACCUUGUUCAUGGUGGGGAAAUUGUGAAACGGCCUAUCCCUGUUCCCCGUCCCGGCUACCCGAAUGAUGGUAGCUAUUCGGAAGACAAGGGCCACACAGCUCUGGCUAUUCUUCUGCCAGAAACGGUUUUGCUCGCUGUUAAUUAUCACAGUUCUGGUCCAGCUAUUGCCGACCACAUUGGUUCAGUUGGUCCGCGCAUGAUUGCCUCUUUCUCUGGAGGAGAGGAUGUGGAAUGCACCAAAUUGCUGCAUGAUUUGCAAAACAAGUGUUCUAAUGUGGCAGGAGAAAGGUCUGUUGAAGAAACUGUACAAAUUAUGACCAACAUGCUGGCUUCUCACCUUGAAGUGGGACUGAUCGCUGGGUGGGAUGGCGAAAAGGACUGUCCUUUCUCGUAUCGCAUUGAUGGUAUGGGUGGAGUGAUUAAAGGGGAAAUUACUGGCCACUGGAUCUCAAUUUAG